AUGGCGAGUACCGAUGUUGCCGAUCUUCUCUUUCGCUUCCAGCAGAUACAAGCGGAUGAUCAUGAUAUUUUGAUCAACAGAUUUUGCGAGCUUAUACAGGGUGCUAAUCAGGACAGCGCAGCGUUCUACCUCGAGUCCUUCAACUGGAAUCUUCAAGCCGCGCUCAACGCUUGGUUCGAAUAUGGCGGUGCCGUUUCCCUUCCUAACGCGAAAUUCAUCGAUGAUGUCACAAUCGGCGAGGGGCAGUCUGUACCUCCAUCUACAGAAUUCACAAAGACCUGGACGAUCCAAAACUGCGGACUUUCCCCAUGGCCAGCAGGAUGUCGCCUCGAAUACAUUACCGGACACAAGCUAGCUGGCCCUAACUCAGUCGAAGUUCCGCAACUUCAAGCUGGCGAGACAACUCAAGUUUCCGUCAAUAUGAUGUCUCCAGAAGAGUCCGGACUCUACGAAUCGCGAUGGAGUCUUGUAACAGAGCGAGGUGCUCACUUCGGCGACACCAUUUGGUGCAUCAUUCCAGUCGAAGAAGGAGGAACUUUAGCCGUGACACAAAUGAUAGAUCGCCUCUAA